GUGAGAGUAGCGUGGGGGCGGGGAGGAGAGGCGGCGGCGGCGUAGGAGCUACGCCACACGCGGCCGGGGCGCUGGGAGCUCGAAAGCAGAGCGGGGUCGUGGCGGCGGUGGUGAGACGAGGGAGGCGGAGGAGGGGGUGCCAUGGCGGGGCAGCAGUUCCAGUACGAUGACAGCGGGAACACCUUCUUCUACUUCCUCACCUCCUUCGUGGGGCUCAUCGUGAUCCCGGCCACAUACUACCUCUGGCCCCGAGAUCAGAAUGCCGAGCAAAAUCGAUUAAAGAAUAUCAGAAAAGUAUAUGGAAGAUGUAUGUGGUAUCGUUUACGGUUAUUAAAACCUCAGCCAAAUAUUAUUCCUACAGUAAAGAAAAUAGUUCUGCUUGCAGGAUGGGCAUUGUUAUUAUUCCUUACAUACAAAGUUUCCAAAACAGACCGAGAAUAUCAAGAAUACAAUCCUUAUGAAGUAUUAAAUUUGGAUCCCGGGGCGACAGUAGCAGAAAUUAAGAAACAGUAUCGUUUGCUGUCACUUAAGUAUCAUCCAGAUAAAGGAGGUGAUGAAGUUAUGUUCAUGAGGAUAGCAAAAGCUUAUGCAGCUUUAACUGAUGAAGAGUCCCGGAAAAAUUGGGAAGAGUUUGGAAAUCCAGAUGGGCCUCAAGCCACAAGCUUUGGAAUUGCCCUGCCAGCUUGGAUAGUUGACCAGAAAAAUUCAAUUUUGGUCUUACUUGUAUAUGGAUUGGCAUUCAUGGUUAUCCUUCCAGUUGUUGUGGGCUCUUGGUGGUAUCGCUCAAUACGCUAUAGUGGAGACCAGAUUCUAAUACGCACAACACAGAUUUAUACAUACUUUGUUUAUAAAACCCGAAAUAUGGAUAUGAAACGUCUUAUCAUGGUCUUGGCUGGAGCCUCUGAAUUUGAUCCUCAGUAUAACAAGGAUGCCACGAGCAGACCAACAGAUAAUAUUCUAAUACCUCAGCUAAUCAGAGAAAUUGGCAGCAUUAAUUUAAAGAAGAAUGAGCCGCCACUUACCUGCCCAUAUAGCCUGAAGGCCAGAGUUCUUUUACUGUCUCAUCUUGCUAGAAUGAAAAUUCCUGAGACCCUUGAAGAAGAUCAGCAAUUUAUGCUGAAAAAAUGCCCUGCCCUACUUCAAGAAAUGGUUAAUGUAAUCUGCCAACUAAUAAUAAUGGCCCGGAGCCGUGAAGAAAGGGAGUUUCGUGCUCCAACUUUGGCAUCCCUGGAAAACUGCAUGAAGCUUUCCCAGAUGGCUGUGCAAGGCCUUCAGCAGUUUAAGUCUCCCCUUCUGCAGCUCCCUCACAUUGAAGAAGACAAUCUUAGAAGGGUUUCUAAUCAUAAAAAGUACAAAAUUAAGACUAUCCAGGAUUUGGUGAGUUUAAAAGAAUCAGAUCGUCACAAUCUAUUGCACUUCCUUGAAGAUGAAAAGUAUGAAGAGGUUAUGGCUGUCCUUGGGAGUUUCCCAUAUGUGACCAUGGACAUAAAAUCACAGGUAUUGGAUGAUGAAGAUAGCAACAACAUCACAGUAGGAUCCUUAGUUACAGUGUUGGUUAAAUUGACAAGGCAAACAAUGGCAGAAGUAUUUGAAAAGGAGCAGUCCAUCUGUGCUGCAGAGGAACAGCCAGCAGAAGAUGGGCAGGGUGAUACUAACAAGAACAGAACAAAAGGAGGAUGGCAACAGAAGAGUAAAGGACCCAAGAAAACUGCUAAAUCAAAAAAAAAGAAACCUUUAAAAAAAAAACCUACACCUGUGCCCUUAUCACAACCAAAGCAACAGAAACAAAAGCAGGCUAAUGGAGUCGUUGGGAGUGAAGCUGCAGUAAAGGAAGAUGAAGAAGAAGUUUCUGACAAAGGCAGUGACUCUGAGGAAGAAGAAACCAAUAGAGACUCUCAAAGUGAAAAAGAUGAUGGUAGUGACAGAGACUCUGAUAGAGAGCAAGAUGAAAAACAAAACAAGGAUGAUGAAGCAGAGUGGCAAGAAUUACAACAAAGUAUACAGCGAAAGGAGCGAGCUCUGCUGGAAACCAAAUCGAAGAUAACACAUCCUGUUUAUAGUCUUUACUUUCCUGAGGAAAAACAAGAAUGGUGGUGGCUUUAUAUCGCAGAUAGGAAGGAACAGACAUUAAUAUCUAUGCCAUAUCAUGUGUGCACACUAAAAGAUAUGGAAGAGGUAGAACUGAAGUUUCCUGCACCAGGAAAGCCUGGAAAUUAUCAAUAUACAGUGUUUCUAAGAUCAGACUCCUAUAUGGGUUUGGAUCAGAUUAAACCAUUGAAGUUGGAAGUUCAUGAGGCUAAGCCUGUGCCAGAAAAUCACCCACAGUGGGAUACAGCAGUAGAGGGGGAUGAAGACCAGGAGGACAGCGAGGGCUUUGAAGAUAGCUUUGAGGAAGAGGAAGAAGAGGAGGAAGAUGAUGACUAAGCAGUACUAUGAAUGGACCACAGUAUUUGCACAUAUUUGCAAAUUUUUGCUGUUUUGGAAGUGUGUAAUAAACCAGAAACAGUGCAGAACUGAUGUUGAAGGAGGUGUUAGUUCUUUACUAGAAAUGGGUGCAUAAUAUAUCUAGGCAGUGGUGGUGCCUUGGUACAGUCUGAAAAAUGCUUAAGGCUUGUGAAAGCCUUUCAAGUAUGGGAUGGUGCAUUUAUUUCAUCUGCAAAUGAUAAUAAACCCUUUGUUAUAACUGUCCAGAAGUGUGGGCUAUGUAUUAUCUGAUCAUUUAUGGUCCCAGUGAAAGUAAAGGUACAUGAAAAACAGUCUAUAAAUGAGCGACUUUUCUUUGUUUAGCUUUAGUUUUAACAAACGUUAAAGUAUGGUAAACACCACAAAUGUUUUAAGUAACAUCUGCUCAAGUUUUAAUCUCUUGGUAAGCUCUAUUCACUUAUUGACAUUUUGCAGUGAUACAAGAGUAUUUAUAACAGCUCCAUUCAUAGCUUUAAACGUUUUAUUUUUGCCUAUCUUGGUCGUAAGUUGGCAUUCUGUCACAUUCCACAUAAUAUAGAGGGCUACAUUUUGGGAUUUUCCUUCUUUUAAUUGCCCAGAGUUAUCAGAUUAUAAAAAUGGCUUUUAAUGGCUUAAAACAUUUUUAAGCCUCUAUUUUAGCAGAUCAAUACAGGAUCUAAUUCUUUUUAUAAGCUGUAGAUCUAAAAAUGAUUGUGGGACCAUAUGUUCUCUGAUAUUGGUGACUUAUGUUAUUAAACCUUUUUUAAAAGGUUCAUUAUAAAAGCUGAAAUACAUUCUUAGCUUUUAAUCUACCUGACUCUAUCAGAAGCCUUUUAAGGAAAAAUAUAACAUGCAAACGAGGCAUUUUUUUGUAUUCAUUUUGGACUCCUGUCAAUAAAAUAGAAGUUUGAUUCAUUUUA